AUGGCGUCUCAGGUAAAGCGAGUAAAGAAGAAUGAAGGGCAAGAUACAGCGGAUAACACUGAUUCAAUGGUAUUUGAAAGACGUAAUCCAUCGCAUAUUAAAAACAAAAUGAAGCGUCAACUUGUCAUGCAGAAAUAUCGAAAGGAAAAGAAAGAGGCCAAGAAAGCGGCGCAGCUCAAACGUCGACGUGAAGCUGAGGAAAUGGGCGAAGAAGCACCAGCUAAAAUGGAGCCACGAACAAUUGAUAAUACACGUGAGAAAGAAGUGACGAUGGUUAGUCAUGAAGGUGACGAGGAAAUUGAUGGUGAUGAGCAUGAUGACGAGUUUGCAAGGAUCUUUGCCAAUGAAGAAACACCAAAGCUUAUGAUUACAACGCGUCCAUUUCCAUCUGGUGAUCUCUAUCACUUUGUUAAAGAUCUCAUGGAUCUAGUACCUAAUUCAUUCUACUACAAACGAGGUACAUUUGAUAUUAAAGAGAUUGUACAGUUUGCAAGUAACAAAGAGUUUACGCACUUGAUUGUGCUCUCAGAGAAAAGCAAGAUCUGCAAUGGCAUGCUCGUGAGUCGUUUGCCCGAGGGUCCGACAGCAUUUUUCAAGGUAUCAAACGUCAAGUUGACAGCUCACAUUAAGGAACGCGGUCGACGCACGAAUCACCAGCCGGAGCUGAUUCUUAACAACUUUUCGACGCGUCUAGGCCACCGUGUGGGCCGAUUCCUGGGCUCGCUGUUUGAACAUCAGCCUGAAUUUGAGGGUCAUCAGGUCGUGACGUUUCACAACCAGCGCGAUUUUAUCUUUGUCCGACAUCAUCGCUACACAUUUGAGAACGAGAAGAAGGCACGUUUGCAGGAGAUUGGGCCACGCUUUACAAUGAAGCUGCGUUGGCUGCAAGAAGGUACAUUCGACACCAAAUUUGGCGAAUACGAGUGGAUUCACAAGCAGCAUCAGCUCGACACGUCACGCCGAAAAUUCCAUCUCUAA